AUGUCAUUAGCCGCCUGGAGACGCCCGUCCGAGACGCGUCCCGACCCCGCCGCGAUCAACGGGCGAAUCGCGUCGCCGCACCCUCACGCUCCCCAGGCCCAGGUCCAUACCUAUCACGCCCACGCGCCACCGCCCAUCUACAUCCCAUCCCACCUCCCCGCACAUCUCCCCCUGCCGCGCGGCCACAACAGCGCGCGAUCGCCUAGGGUCCUCUCGCCCGUCUCCUCACCACAGUCGCGAGAGAACGCGUGGGCCCAUUGUCCCGCGUCUGGUGUGCCAGGCCCGCACAUGAACAUGGGCCGCGUGUGUGCUGGCGACGCCUCCGGGCACUGCAUAUAUUGCCGUCGACGGGUGUUCGUCAAGGGAGCUUACAGCCCCAGUCCGGAUUAG